AGCUAGGGAACAGUGAGCAGCCAGUGAAGCGCCCAGCCUGCCGAACAAGGCUGAGUUUAGGGUCAGGAACCGGUCUGACAAGAGAAUGGCAAUCCUGCCUGUAAACUGUCAAUAGGACUUAACAGUUAAGGAUGAACCUACCAGAAUACUGGAUCCAAAGGCGACACACCGAACAAGAGAAUGUCAAGACAUAUUUCAGGAUACUGUGAGUGUUACUAAAGAUGUCCGAUAGUGUCGAUAUUGAAGAGAAACCGCCAGCCCCUCCCUUGAGAAUGAACAGUAGUUCCCGAGACUCUUCAUCAGUGAAUCACGGCUCCAAACCUCUCCCAAUGGCUCCUGAAGAGAAGAACAAGAAGGUUCGCCUGCGCUCCAUCUUCCCUGGAGGAGACAAGAGUGGACUCCAAUCAAGUUGUAGAAACAUCUCAAGGAUGAUCAAUGGAAACAGGAUGCACCUGAGCUCAAUUUCGAGUCUCAUGGCAAUGGCAAACAAGAAGAAGGAGAAGGAGCGUCCUGAGAUCUCCCUACCUUCAGACUUUGAGCACACCAUCCAUGUUGGUUUUGACGCUGUUACAGGGGAGUUCACUGGCAUCCCAGAGCAGUGGGCACGCCUCCUUCAGACCUCCAACAUCACCAAGCUGGAGCAGAAGAAGAACCCUCAGGCCGUGCUGGACGUGCUCAAGUUCUACGACUCCAAAGAGACGGUCAACAACCAGAAAUACAUGAGUUUCACCUCCGGAGACAAAUCCGCACAUGGAUACAUAGCAGUCAACACUCUGAACCGACUGCUGUCGUCUGGGCCUCCUGUCAGCCAUAGAACCUGCAGCGCAUUAUUUGACAAGGGUGCAAAGACAUCCACAGAGCCCCCGAUAGCACCCCCUGUGUCAGAGGAGGAGGAGGAGGAGGAGGAAGAAGAGGAGGAGGAUGACGAUGAUGACAAUGAGCUUCCGCCCGUCAUCGCACCUCGACCUGAGCACACUAAAUCUAUAUACACCCGCUCUGUCAUCGAGCCCUUGGCGCCUCCCGCCCCUGUGAAGGAGGUCACAACCCCGCCGGAGUCCCAGGUCUUGCCAGAGAACACGUCCAGCACUCUGUACCGCAACACCGACCGGCAGAAGAAGAAGUCCAAGAUGACAGACGAGGAGAUUCUGGAGCGACUGAGGAGCAUUGUGAGUGUGGGGGACCCCAAAAAGAAGUACACACGCUUUGAGAAAAUAGGACAAGGGGCAUCUGGCACUGUAUACACAGCCAUUGACAUUGCUACUGGCCAGGAGGUGGCCAUCAAGCAGAUGAACCUCCAGCAGCAGCCCAAGAAGGAGCUCAUCAUCAAUGAGAUCCUGGUGAUGAGGGAAAACAAAAACCCCAACAUAGUCAACUACCUGGACAGUUACCUGGUAGGGGAUGAGCUGUGGGUAGUGAUGGAGUACCUGGCUGGAGGCUCACUGACUGAUGUCGUGACUGAGACCUGCAUGGACGAGGGACAGAUCGCUGCAGUCUGCAGAGAGUGUCUGCAGGCUCUGGACUUUCUGCACUCCAACCAGGUGAUCCACAGAGACAUCAAGAGUGACAACAUCCUGCUGGGCAUGGACGGCUCGGUCAAGCUCACCGACUUCGGGUUCUGUGCCCAGAUCACCCCAGAGCAGAACAAGCGCAGCACCAUGGUGGGCACGCCCUACUGGAUGGCACCCGAGGUGGUGACCCGCAAGGCCUACGGGCCCAAGGUGGACAUCUGGUCCCUGGGUAUCAUGGCCAUAGAGAUGGUGGAGGGUGAACCUCCCUACCUGAAUGAGAACCCUCUCAGAGCACUGUACCUUAUCGCCACCAACGGGACUCCAGAGCUCCAGAAUCCUGAGCGAUUGACCUCCGUGUUCAGAGACUUCCUCAACCGUUGCCUGGAGAUGGACGUGGACCGCAGAGGCUCAGCCAAGGAGCUCCUCCAGCAUUCGUUCCUGAAGUUAGCCAAGCCUCUGUCCAGCCUAAGCCCCCUGAUUGUUGCAGCCAAGGAAGCCAUCAAGAACAGCAGCCGCUAGGAGGCGCUGUGUGUCCACACACAGAGCUGGACACUGCUCCAUGGGGUUGUGAGACAGGCAGCACAGGGAUAAACAGUAACCAACCCCCCUGCUGCCUCAUACAGAGGAUGGACAGCUGGCCUACAGGGCCUCUCAGCGGCCGAGAUGCUGCUACUGAAUCACCUUCCUGCCUCCUCUUUUAGUCCGCCAGCAUUCUGUACAUGUGGAGCAGUCCAUCGGUACUGUGUAAGUGUGUGUGUGUGUGUGUGUGUGUGUGUGUGUGUGUGUGUGUGUGUGUGUGUGUGUGUGUGUGUGUGUGUGUGUGUGUGUGUGUGUGUGUGUGUGUGUGUGUGUGUGUGUGUGUGUGUGUGUGUAAGCUUGUGUGUGUGUAAAGUGUGUGUGUGUAAGUGUGUGUGUCCUGUGAGGGGAGUAGAUGCUCCUUAACAAAAACACAAAAAAAGAGAAAAUACAAAGAAAAAACUUGUGCUCCUUUUCAAGAGGGAGAGAUCCAGGAAGCAUUGAGAGCUUGUGAUUCCUUUCCUUUCCCUUUCCUUCCCUUUCUGUCCAGCGAUCACCUCGGUUCCCUUUUCUUCUAGGUCUUUCCGAUAAGGCCUCUCCUGCAUUGAACAUUUUACAUGAGAGACAGACUCUGAGACUCGGGAACCGACAUAUGCCUGCAUGACUUUGGCUCUGUGUAACCAACUUGCAACCUGCUCAUCCUCUGCAGGUGUGUGUGUGUGUGUGUGUGUGUGUGUGUGUGUGUGUGUGUGUGUGUGUGUGUGUGUGUGUGUGUGUGUGUGUGUGUGUGUGUGUGUGUGUGUGUGUGUGUGUGUGUGUGUGUGUGUGUGUGUGUGUGUGUGCGUGUGUGUGAUGUUCAGAGAUCUGACAUAGAGAAUGUCUGGGCCAAGGCUGUAGUGGAGGCUGAUUCAAUCACUACUGCCUCUCGGAUGGGCCACAGUGUGUUCACGUUUCCAAAGUCAAAAGCUUUGAAAACAUUUUCCAGUUCUUCAAGUUCAAGUAUGAGACCCAUGUUAUGAACUUACUACCUGUAGUUAGUUAAAAUCGAUUUAGUAAAUUAAUUUAUUUGUAAUUGUUUGUCCAGAGUCAAUUUCCAAUCAGAACGUCUGAGACGCGUCAGUUUCUGAAGGUGUCACAAUCUACUGCAGGACACUAGACUGGACAGACUAGACUGGACAGACUAGACUGGACAGGACAGACUAGACUGGACAGACUAAACUGGACAGACUAGACUGGACAGGACAGACUAGACUGGACAGGACAGACUAGACUGGACAGACUAGCAUGGACAGACAAGACAGGACAGGACAGACUAGACAGGACAGGACAGACUAGACUGGACAGGACAGACUAGACUGGACAGACUAGACAGGACAGGACAGACUAGACUGGACAGACUAGACUGGACAGGACAGACUAGACUGGACAGACUAGACUGGACAGGACAGACUAGACUGGACAGACUAGACUGGACAGGACAGACUAGACUGGACAGACUAGAAUGGACAGACUAGACUGGACAGGACAGACUAGACUGGACAGACUAGACUGGACAGACUAGACUGGACAGGACAGACUAGACUGGACAGACUAGACUGGACAGGACAGACUAGACUGGACAGACUAGACUGGACAGGACAGACUAGACUGGACAGACUAGCAUGGACAGACUAGACAGGACAGGACAGACUAGACUGGACAGACUAGACUGGACAGGACAGACUAGACUGGACAGACUAGACAGGACAGGACAGACUAGACUGGACAGACUAGACUGGACAGGACAGACUAGACUGGACAGACUAGACUGGACAGGACAGACUGGACAGGACAGACUAGACUGGACAGACUAGAAUGGACAGACUAGACAGGACAGGAUAGACUAGACUGGACAGACUAGAAUGGACAGACUAGACAGGACAGGACAGACUAGACUGGAGAGACUAGACUGGACAGACUAGACUGGACAGACUAGACAGGACAGACUAGACUGGAGAGACUAGACUGGACAGACUAGACUGGACAUGACAGACUAGACUGGACAGACUAGACAGGACAGACUAGACUGGACAGACUAGACUGGACAGACUAGACUGGACAGACUAGACUGUAUUAGUGUCUAUGUGAGGAUAGCCUGCCAACAAAAAUGAGCUUGAAAAUAUUUUUCAGUUUGCCAAUGUUACCACUUGUUUCACAUCAGUGAGCCUUACUUUUGCUUUAACCUCUGAUCUGUGAAUUUACCUAAAUGUAUCUGAAGCAGAAGCCAUUUGUUCAAAUGAGCACAAUCCCUGAGUCUGUCUGUCUGUCUGUCUGUAUGUCUGUCUGUCUGUCUGUCUGUCUCUCUCUCUCUCUCUCUCUCUCUCUCUCUCUCUCUCUCUCUCUCUCGCUCUCUCUCUGUCUCUCUCUGUCUGUCUUUGUCCAUCCAUGAGGAGUGUAUAUAUAGUUUUUUUUAUAGGAUGCCGUUCUUUAGCUUCCUCAGCGUGAGUUAAGACUCAUUACUCCAGUGUCUUGUCGCAGCUAAACUUUCCUAAGUACUGUGUGAGUUUAGUUGUAUCUGUUUCUAUGCGUUUCCGUGAGUUUUUAAUGUGUGGCCGCAGAUUGGUGGGUGUUAGUUAAUCAUUUGUCCAUGAAAAUGUUUUUGGAUUGAUGACUGAGUGCCAUUGUAUAAUUGUAACCUAUCUUACGGACCAUUGAAAACAAGAGGAUCACAUUCCCCUUCACUCUGCCAUUCCUACCAUCCCAUAGCAGAGGCUACUGGACAAGUACUCUGAAAAGCUCUCUCUCUACAUAAAUAUAGACUGUUUCUUGAUUCUUAAUUCAAUAGCUUACUUAUAACCAUCCCUGUGACAUUCUCUGUCUGUUCCAUAGUUGCCACAGUUUCCCUUAGGACUGUACUGAAGUCCAGACCUGGGACAGAGAGAGUAGGAGACAGGAUAGACACUUGUCCUUGUGUUGUGUCUAUAGCCCUGGUAGUGUGUGUGUGUGUGUGUGUGUGUGUGUGUGUGUGUGUGUGUGUGUGUGUGUGUGUGUGUGUGUGUGUGUGUGUGUGUGUGUGUGUGUGUGUGUGUGUGUGUGUGUGUGUGUGUGUGUGUGUGUGUGUGUGUGUGUGUGUGGAUGACUGGGAGUGUAUGCAUGAGUGGCUGUGUGUACACGUGUGUGUGUGUGAGCACGUGUGUGUGUUUGUAAGCGAGAGAGCUACCUCAGCACUAGAUGCCACUCCUGUUGUCCACCUUAACUCAGACGGUGAGGUGCAGGGUAGCUGCUCACUCGUACCACCACUGUAGGCUAUACGUACUGUAGAAAUGCAGGAGAGCCAUUGCAAGGAGGACAUGGCCGAUUUCAUGCAUGGGAAGCAACACAUGUUAAUUCAUUUUCCAAGUAGGCUAACAUUGUUAGAAUAUGUGUGUAUGUAUGUAAAUAAGAUGGAAAAAAUGCAAUGACAAUAUUCAGGUUGCUCUAUAGUAGGCCUAUGUAUUUGUAAAUGGUUUGCACCCUGGAAAUUGAACAUGAAAAUAAACAUUGUCUAAACGCUCCUGGAUGGACCAAUCCUGCUUGGGCUGUGUCAGACAGUACUCCACCUGGACACAGAACCAAUGGAAGCAGUCCUCUCUGUCUCCAGCACACCCAUGGAGCCUGUCUGUCUGUCCGGAGCACGACUGCUGAGUGUGCCUGUGGCUGAGAGUAUCAGGGACCUCACAGAGACGAUCUGCCCUGUGACCUUUGGUCUCACCUAUGUACCUGAACUAUGAGCACAAAGAUGAACUCUGGGACAGCUAGCGGCCCCCCGGCCUGCCCCACCCCGCCCCGCCGGUCCGCUCCUCUUCUGCGGUCGCUCCUGUACAUUCCUCUCUUUUGAAUGUGUAAACCUGUACACGUGGUGUGAAAAUUCCUCUAUAAAUGUGUAUCAAGAGAAUGGAACAAAGACAAAAAAGCGUUUCUUUUUAAAUUAUUCCUAUUAUUAUUCUACUAUUAUUAUCAUGUGGGUUUGUUAACCGCUGAUCCGUCUGGUAAACCUCAGCAGGCCCCGUCUUUGGAAACAGACAGAUGAGAAAACGCGACAGGGGAAAACUAAGGUUUCGGAUAAGCUAUUUUUAAUUGUGGUUAAAGCUAUAGACUUUUUUAAAUUAUGAAUUGUGCAUGGCUGUGUCUUGAGUGUAAAACAACAAAAUACUGCAGUUUGGGAACUGGACUGAAAUAAAAUAAAAAAUUAAAACAUCA